GUGGUAGUGAGUGCUGGAGAAAGAGAGCUUCUUUUGGAGCAGUCCUGGCUGGCUACCCUGACACUCAGAAGCAGCAUGUGGAUCAGAAGGGGAUCUCCCCAACGGAUCUAAUUAAUAAAAAGUUUACAGAGCAAAUUAUUACUUUAUGGGAUGACUUCACAAGGUCAGGGAGAUGUAUAUAUAUAGUGUGGAGAGAGAAGGCUGAGAAUCAUCUACUGAACUCAACAGGGACAGAUUUGCAAGUAACAGACAGCAAAACCAUCUCCGCUAUGAAGACAACAAGAAGCUUUGCCCUUCUUGGGCUUGUGCUUCUCAUCUGCCUUUCUGAUAUUGCUAUUGCUCAACAACGGGCCUACUGCAGCACGUACCGGUUGUCUGGAGGAAUGCAUCUUGCCUGUCCCCGCAACUAUGAACCCGUCUGUGGGACUGACAGCGUGACCUACCCCAAUGAGUGCUCCCUCUGCAAACAAAUGUUCCUUAACCGAGCCAUUGACAAGAAGCACGAUGGAAGAUGUGUUAGGCUCGACUGUACUGGCUACCUGAGAUCAAGCAGAGGUCGUACAAUCCCUUGCAACCUGGAGUACAUGCCCAUCUGCGGCAGCAACGGGGUUACCUACAGAAACAAGUGCGACUUCUGCAAUGCUGUGGCGAAUGGACUGGACAUAAACCUGCACAAUAUUGGAGAAUGUUACCAGCAGGUUGACUGCAGUGGUCAUAAAGGUAGCAAUGUCAUCUGCACUGCCCAGUAUGACCCCCUUUGCGGCUCUGACGGCAAAACUUACGGAAACAAGUGCCAGUUCUGCAACGCAGUUUCGCGGAGCCAGGGAACCCUGUUCCUCAAACACCGUGGUGAAUGCUGAGCACUGGAGCCAUACCCUUUGCCCUGAUUUUUCCCCUAUGAAUCCUACAAUCAAACAAGCUCUCUCCUGCUCCCUCGACUGUUGCACAUUGGUCUCUACUUUGAUUGAUCAAUAAAUUAAAUGCAGCCACUCUCUUUGCCGUGGACUGGUUUUAGGGUUUGGUUGUUGGAUUUUUUUUCAGG